AUGAGAAACAAAAAAUCAAGAAUUAGCUUAAAAAAUGUUGGAAAUUAUUUCAGAAAAUACUAAUUAAAUUAAAUAAAUCGAGGAAAAGUUGAAUAAAGACUCUAAAAAUUCACCCGAUGA